CUGGUUUGUCAAUUUACAAUCUCUAAGCCAAUCAAAAUCGAUGUUACAAUUCAGGCUAAUUGACGCAUGCGCAGUUUAAAAAAGAACAAAUUCUCAAAAUGGAUGAAAAUUGAAAAAUUUCGAAUAUAUUUUUGAUUUAUUAUAUGUUGCAUUAAGCUAUCUUCUUUAUUUUAUGUUAUGAGACAAUGUCUAGAAGCGAUGUAGAUGUUGGUAUCCCAGCGUUGGAGCUGGAGAACAUUGUAACUUCGCAAUCGGAGUCUGAAAUUCAGGCAGCUGGUGAAAGACAACCAGGAAAUGACACAAAUUCAAAGACAAAUGGGAAAGUUAGGAGAAGUGUUACAUUUCCCACAGAUGACCUUAUCGUUGCAAGCUACAUGGAACCACCAAAUCCCUGGAUAAGUGCUGCCACUUGUUCGAAGGAUGAACUGGUCAGUUCAUACAAGAGGUCUUGUGAGGCUCACUGCGUCAAACCAUUCCCCAAACUUGUGACACAGUUGCAGCAAAUCGAUGAAUUCGGCAGAAGAUACAAUUCCCUGAGUCUCAAAGGCGAAAGGCUAGAGCUCAGAGCAGUAGAGUCACUUGAAGAAAUAUUCAGACGUGUACAAUUCAACAUUGUAGAAGUUGAGGCGACACAUUUGGACGAUGAGAGUGCAAUUGCAUUAUUUGAUAUGCUGGAGUAUUACGAGUCUGCAACUCGACUUAAUAUGUCGUUUAACAAGAACAUCGGCCCAAGAGGAUGGCUUGCAUGUUCCAAACUCCUCAAAAAGACACCAUGCAUUGAGUUCCUUGAUGCCCGGAACUGCGUUUUCACUGAACAGACUAUGCCAAUGUUAGGUCGUGCUAUUCGUAUGGGGUCCGCUUUGACGAUCCUCCAUCUUGAGAAUGCGAACUUAUCAGGGAGACCCCUUCUAAUCCUUGUAGCAGCCAUCAAACUUAAUGAAUGUCUCAAGGAACUAUUUCUGGCUGACAAUAGGAUGAUGCCAUCUGAUGGUAUUCAACUUGGCAAUAUGUUGAAGUUUAACCACAAACUCGAGCUAUUGGAUGUUCGCAAUAAUCACCUACAGGAUGUAGGAGUUAGCCAUUUAUGUGAUGGUCUUUAUGAACAGAGUCUAGGCCAAGGCCUGAAAACGCUAGUCCUAUGGAAUAACCAAAUUACCUACCAGGCCAUGCCCUCCUUAGGCAGGGCCCUUAGUUCUACUAAAGGCCUAGAAACAUUAAACCUAGGCCAUAAUAAUGUUACCAAUGAGGGGAUUCAUACACUGAAAGAUGGUCUGCUCAAAAACAAGUCUCUACUCAGGAUUGGCCUGCAGGCUGCUAAGCUGUCUUGUGAAGGUGCAGUUGCUUUAGCUGAAUAUGUAGCUGAUAGCCUAACCUUAGUGAGAUUAGAUCUUCGUGAGAAUGACAUUAAGACAGCCGGAUUAAUGGCAAUUGGUCUGUCAUUAAAGGUCAGCGAAACAAUGCUUAGAGUUGACCUGGAUAAGGAGCCAAAGAGAGAAAGCGGAGUGAAAGAGUAUGCUGAGCAACAGAGGGCGCUACUUGAACAGAUUACGUCAACUUUACAGCGUAAUAAAGAGCUCCAGGAUUCACGAGCGGAACAGAAACGUUUACAAGAGCUUCAAAACAAGGAGCAAGAAAAACUAAACCAGGAGCAAGAAAAACGAAAUCAG